CAAUAUACUAGAAUUUUGGCACACCUGCAUGUUAGGUAGAUCCACUACUGACUUUGUUGCCCCCACAAAAUAUCGCGUGGAUCAACAGUUCCGUGUUGGUAUAUACAAAGAGACUCUCUGUUUGUUGAUCUUUCUACUCCUAGAAAGCUCUGAGAUCUUGUUCCUCUCUUCAUCAAACUUGUAGUAUGGAUUCUUAUUUUUCCCUUACCAAUCUUUUUGCUGGUGCAAUAUGCUUCUUGGUGCUUUUAGGUACACUGUUUUUCCACAGGAAAUCCAGAUCCCAUCAAGAAGAAAAAACAGUGGCUUCUCCUUUAACUCUUUCGGCUCCUCAGUCUUCUUUGCCUCGCAAUUGGAAAAACCAUGUCUUCCCAAGCUUCCACGGGGCAGAUGUCCGCACAAACUUUCUCAGCCACGUUGUCAAGGAGUUCAGGAGCAAGGGAAUCAACCUAUUCAUUGACAAUAAUAUAGAGAGAAGCAAGUCACUCGGUCCUGAGCUCAUAGAAGCUAUUAGAGGAUCUAGGAUUGUGAUUGUCUUGCUCUCGAAGAACUACGCUUCGUCGACAUGGUGCUUGAACGAGCUGGUGGAGAUCAUGAAGAGCAAAGAGAAGUUUGGUCAAACAGUGAUGUCUCUUUUCUAUCAAGUUGAGCCAACUCAUGUAAAGAAGCAGACUGGUGAUUUUGGGAAAGUCUUCAGAAAAACUUGUAAAGGAAAAACAAAGGAGGAAAUCCGAAGAUGGAAACAUGCUUUGAUGGAAGUGGCUCAAAUCGCAGGUUUCCAUUCAAAAAAUUGGAAGAAUGAAUCAGAGAUGAUUGAAGAUAUUGCCACUGAUGUUUCCAACAAGUUGAACCUUUCAGCACCAUCCAGUGAUUUCGACGGUUUAAUUGGGAUGGAAUCUCAUAUGAUAGAUUUGGAACAAAUUUUGCUACUAGACUCAGACGAGGUGAGAAAAAUAGGGAUUUGGGGUCCGCCUGGGAUUGGUAAGACUACCAUUGCUAGAUCUUUGUUCAACCGACACUCCAAAGAUUUUCAGUUGAGUGUCUUUAUGGAUAAUAUCAAAAGAAAGUAUGCCACAACGGCUUGUUCUGAUGACUACAGUGUGAAGUUGGAUUUACAAAAACACUUCAUGUCUCAACUAACCAAUGUGACAGAUAUCAAGAAUUUUUCACAUUUGGGAAUUGCCAAAGACAGAUUGAAAGACAAGAGAGUUCUUGUCAUCCUUGAUGAUGUGGAUCGGCCAGUACAAGUGGAAGCAGUGGCAAAAGAAAAUAGUUGGUUUGGUCCUGGGAGUCGGAUUAUAAUCACAACACAAGAUCAAAAGGUUUCAAAAGCAAGUGAGAUCAACCAUAUCCAUAGGGUAAAUUUACCAUCAUAUAGUGACGCGCUAGAAAUGUUCUGCAUGUACGCUUUUGGUCAGAAAGACCCUAAGGAUGGUUUCAGUGAUCUUCCUCAUAAAGUUGUGAGCCUUGUAGGUGAGCUUCCAUUGGGGCUAAAGGUUAUGGGAUCCUAUUUUCGGGGAAUGUCCGAGCAAGAUUGCAGAGAGGCACUACAAAGGUUAGAGGCACACCUUGAUCGAGAUGGAGAAAUUGCGAGCAUUUUAAAGUUUAGUUAUGAUUCCUUAUGUGAUGAAGACAAACGUUUAUUUCUUCAUAUAGCCAUCUUUUUUAACGGUGAAAAUUUUGAUAUAGUGGAAGGCUGUCUAGCAAACUGUUUUUUGGAUGUGAGGCUUCGCGUCUUAACUGAAAAAUCUCUCAUAUCUAAGUUUUUGGGAGAAAUUGAGGUGGCUAAGUUGCUAGUCGAGCUGGGAAGAAAAAUUAUGCGAGAACAAUCGGUUAAUGAGCCUGGAAAACGCCAAUUUCUGACUGAUGCAAGUGAUAUUGCUGAAGUGUUGAGUGAUGAUAGAGCCGACAGUAGCAGCGUCAGAGGAUUUACUGUUGGGACUUUUCAGGAAAUAACAUGGACAAGCGAAAGAGCCUUUGAAAGAUUGUCUAAUCUUCAAUUCUUAAGAAUCCUUGGCAAAGGCGUUAAUCCGCGAAGUAUGAACCACAUAUCCCAAAAACUUAGAGUUCUGAUUUGGCACAAGUUCCAGAUGCCAUGUUUUCCUUCAAGUUUUAAUCCAAAGUUCCUAGUCAAACUAAAGAUGCCGUAUAGCAAGCUUGAAAAAUUAUGGGAAGAAACAAAACCUCUCAAUAAUCUCAAGUGGAUGGAUUUGAGUUAUUCAGAUUGUUUAGAAGAGCUUCCAGAUCUCUCAACUGCCACUAAUCUAUAUGACCUGGAUCUCUCACAUUGUUCAAGUCUCGUGAAACUCCCAUACUCUAUUGGAAAUGCAAUUAAUCUAGAAAAGUUGAAUCUCAGUGGUUGCUCAAGUUUGUCGGAGCUACCUUCCACUAUUGGGAAUAUAAUUAAUCUUCAAGAAAUGAAUCUCAGUUAUUGCUCAAGCUUGUUGGAGCUCCCUUUUGGGAAUGCAACUAAUCUCCAAAAACUGAAUCUCAGUCACUGUUCAAAUAUGGUGGAGCUUCCUUCCUCUGCAGAUAUUGAAGAGUUUGAUCCAUGUAUGGGGAGAUUAUCUCGUCUACGUCAACUUGUACUAAACGGAAUGGAGAAGCUGGUAUCACUCCCGCAGCUUCCCGAUUCGCUAUGUAAACUAGAUGCAGAAAAUUGUGAGUCCUUGGAGAGACUGGAUUGCUCCUUUCGAAAUCCGGAUAUUCGUCUCAACUUCCGUAACUGCUUCAAACUAAAUCAAGAAGCGAGAGAUCUCAUCAUCCGAACUCCGACAAAUGAGUAUGCAGUCUUUCCCGCUGAAGAAGUGCCUCAGUGCUUCACUUACCGAUCAUCUGGGAGUUCCUUAACUGUGAAUUUGAAUCAAAUGCCUCUCGGCAAAUCGACCAAAUUUAAGGCUUGCAUCAUAUUACCUGGUGAUGUGGACGAAAAUGACAUGAGAUGUUGGCGAAGAUCAUAUCUCGUUUGUAGAAUCACGUCCGGAGGGAAUGAUCUCAAUACGUGUUUUAGAAAAGCAGAACGGGUUUUUCCGGGGCAUCUGUACACAUUCGAGGUUGAGGCUGAAACAGAGGAGAUGACUUCCACGGAGCUGGUUUUUGAGUUCGAGAUCCAGUUCGAGUAUUCACUUGUAGAAAGGUCCGAAGAAUGGGAGAUAAAAGAAUGCGGGAUGCUUCAAAUCUAUGAGGUCCCCUCCCUUCAUGCUGAUAAACAUUAUGUCCCCUCUCUUCAUGCUGAUAAACAUUAUUGAGAGCUUCAAGGAGGAGCUGCUAUUGGUGAAGCAAACGGUCAUCUCACAUCUGGUCGUGACAACUUAGCCUCUGUCGCAAGGUAUCGCCUAACCUAUUAGAAGAAGAAGAAAAAAAUGAUGUAUGCAUCAUUCUGUAACUUUUUUUUUUUUUGAAACACAACUUAAUUUCAUUAAACCUUAAACUUCUU